UCAUUGCAACGAUUUUACCCCUGAUAUUGUGAAUAUGGCUGGAAUUAGUUUAAUAAAUGCCUUUCUUUGCUCUUUUGUAGUUUUUUGGGAAGCUGGUGCAACUACCCCUAAUCCAUAUGUGACGACUGCUACAACCCCUCAAGAUUUUUGGGGAACUGAUGCAACAACCACUAACCCAUAUGUGAAUUCUACAACUUUCCAACCUGUUCCAAGCAGCAGUGAGGCUAAUGACUAUCCAAUUCAGUUUAGCCCUACAACUAUUGCACCAAUGGCCUCUACAACCCCUCAAGAUUUUUGGGGAACUGAUGCAACAACCACUAACCCAUAUGUGACGAAUACUACAACAUUUCAAUCUGAUCUGAACAUCAGGGAGGCAAUUGACCAAAGUCAGCAGUUUAAUGCUACGACUGUUGCACCAACAGCUCCAACCCCAGAGGUCACCCAGACCACGACGCCCCUUCCAACCCCAGAGGUCACCCAGACCACGACGCCCCUUCCAACCCCAGAGGUCACCCAGACCACGACGGCCCUUCCAACCCCAGAGGUCACCCAGACCACGACGGCCCUUCCAACCCCAGAGGUCACCCAGACCACGACGGCCCUUCCAACCCCAGAGGUCACCCAGACCACGACGGCCCUUCCAACCCCAGAGGUCACCCAGACCACGACGGCCCUUCCAACCCCAGAGGUCACCCAGACCACGACGGCCCUUCCAACCCCAGAGGUCACCCAGACCACGACGGCCCUUCCAACCCCAGAGGUCACCCAGACCACGACGGCCCUUCCAACCCCAGAGGUCACCCAGACCACGACGGCCCUUCCAACCCCUUAGUAUUUCAAAACAUUAAUUAGGAAGGCUAUGGUACGUCUUGCAGGCCAAUAUGUUGACCUGCUAAAGGUAUUUUCUAUGCUGUUUUGGUAAGUCUGUUAGCUUUUUUUUUUUUUUUUUUUUUUUUGUGAGCUUGCCACCAGGGGAGCACCCAAACGGUUUCAUCUACAUGAUUUGCAUGACAAAUGGCUGG